AUGAUCGUGCCCAACGCGAGCCUGGGGUGCGCGCGCUGCCACGCGCACGCGCACGCGGACGCGACCUCGGACGCGUUCCAGGAGGCGUCCGGCUCCGUCCCGCCGCCCACCCUCACGCGCACGGGCCACGUGGUGGUGGCCGCGUGCCUGGGCUUCAUCGGCACGUUCGGGUUCCUCAGCAACCUGCUCGUGCUCGCGCUCUUCUGCCGCUUCCGCGCGCUGCGCACGCCCGUGAACCUGCUGCUGGUCAGCAUCUCGGCCAGCGACCUGCUGGUCAGCGUGCUCGGGACCCCCUUCAGCUUCGCGGCCAGCGCGCGCGGCCGCUGGCUCAUCGGGCGCGCGGGCUGCGUGUGGUACGGGUUCGUGAACGCGUGUCUGGUUUUUAGUCCUUUGUAG